UUGUUUGUUGAUUUGGAAAAAGUCAAAUAUCCGAGUUCCUCGAAUGCAGCAUAAAUCAGGAGCGUAUCCUGGGCACCAUGGAAAUGCGCACGAGAAAUGAAUGAAAGCAAUGGACACGACUCAUCGGUGAUGGAAUAAACGAGCCCAGACUACAUUUCUGUGCACAUCAAGAACACCAAGUUUAAUCAAAGGCACGUUUGGACCUAUCUUGACAUCAUACUGCUUCUCUUGAUUGCCACACAAGCUGGAGCCUAUCACAGCAGAAUCCGAGGGGGCGCGAGUGCGGAUGGUUGCUGCCAAUGGGGCUGUUUGACAAGUUGGCAGGAUGGCUGGGCUUCAAGAAAGAAGUGAACGUGCUCUGCCUGGGCCUCGACAACAGCGGGAAAACGACCAUCAUCAACAAACUCAAGCCGUCGCAUGCUCAAGCACAAGACAUCGUCCCGACUAUUGGUUUCAGCAUCGAGAAAUUCAAGACGUCCAGCCUUUCCUUCACAGUGUUUGACAUGUCAGGCCAAGGCAGAUACCGAAACCUGUGGGAGCACUACUACAAGGAGGGCCAAGCUGUCAUCUUUGUCAUCGACAGCGCGGAUAAGCUCAGGAUGGUCGUGGCCAAAGAGGAAUUGGACACCUUGUUAAACCAUCCGGACAUUAAACACAAGCGAAUUCCCAUCCUGUUCUUGGCUAACAAGAUGGACGUCCGAGACGCUCUGUCAUCGGUGAAGGUUUCCCAGCUGCUGUGCUUGGACAAUAUCAAGGACAAACCUUGGCACAUCUGUGCAACUGACGCGCUGAAAGGAGAUGGUUUACAGGAGGGUGUGGAAUGGUUACAAGAUCAAAUCAAAUCGAUGAGAACAUGAGACCACCAGGCUGCAGGAGUUAUUUUCAGGACUGUACAAUCCCAGCCUGCUAGUCAUCAAGGCACCCAAAGCGUCGUCUUUCUCCCGUUGAGCACCUCUCUUCAAUUGUGCACCUGUUUUCUUUCUAUCCACUUAAGAAAGUCCCACAACUUGCCAUCAUUCACUUUAUAAAUGUCUUUUAAGCUCUAAGUAGUUGACAGUGAGCAGUUAAAAAAAAAAAAAAAACGUGCAGCCGAGAAUGAGAAAAGGUUUGGGGUGGUAAAGUGACUCUCUCGUCCGUGGGCCAAACGAGCAGGGAGGGUCGUGGCAAAGCCGUCACGCCAUCGUUCGUUGCAGCUAAUACUUGUGCAGCUUUCUUUUGAGAUUUCUCAUGUUUUGUUGUCGUCGUCAUUUUUAUGUGACCCCUCGAACACGGCGCGCUUUUAGAAGCUGCCACUAACCGGUUCUCCAAAGCCCACGAAUAACGAGUAAGCCGUCGAGUACGUAGCACCAGUUGAAUUUUUCUGCCUUACGCCAGUGGCGCCAUGAAAGUUCACCUUCACGAUCCAGCCGGGCUACUUUACUGAUUAAACGCAGACGUGCGGUGAAAAGAUGCGUCUCGUUUGAAAAUGUGAUCACGUCGGUGGUUCGAGGCCGGUUUGUAAUCAAUUGGCCGAGCCUGAUUUGCCACGUUUAGCGUGGGCUCGUUGGAGAACACGAGAACACUGCGCAGCUGCGAUUUAAAAGUAAAACACUUCACAUGUGUCGUCGGAUAAUUGCAUUUGAGAUUGAAAAAAAAAAUUCUGGACGACGGGGCAGUUUGUGUCGCUUUCGGCUCAUUUCUCAAUGUCCUCCGUUGUGAAAUUAAUAUUAUGUCUGAGGGCAGUGCAAAGUUCUGUACAUGUGUGUAACACUUUGAGGCUCUAUAGACUGCAAAAAAUAAAAAUAAAAAACGCUUUUAUAUGUAAAUGAGCCUCACAUAGCCGCCGAAGUACAAUACUAGGACGAUAUAAAAUCAGCUGUUAAUGAUCGUGCGAGAAUAAUGUAUCAUCUUAAGAUGUAUGUAUUUUAUUUCAGUGGAAAUGUUUUCAAAGAAUAAAAAGCGUUUUUGUUUUU